AUGGGCUUUGGGUUCAUCGCGACAUUUAUGACGAUACAGAUGUGCUGCACCUGCACUGCCUAUGCAGUCACAGUUGCUGACGUCCUUGCUGACACCUUCGAGUGGCAAAAGGAGCGGAAGAAGGCAGCCGUUGUUGCUUUCUUUCUGCUGGUCCCGUUCACUUUCAUCAGGUCCCUUAAGAAGAUCGCUAUCCUGUCCACCGUCGCGACAUUUGCAUGCGUGCUCCAGAUGCUGGCUAUUGCUGUGCCAUGCUACCUGGAUGUAGUCAACGGUGAGACCUACGUGGAGCACAUGGAUGCGACACCUUCAAAGCUGAUCUACUUCAAUCCUGACGUGACGAAGCUGAUCAAGGUGCUUCCGAUCAUCCUGCUCUCCUACUCCACCCAAGCCUCGUCUCCCAUCAUCUUAGCUUCGAUGCAAGACAAUUCAUGGGGAAACGUGCGGCAUGUCACCGGAUUGGUCUAUUUCCUUCUGUAUGCGAUUUCAGCAGUCUUCGGACAUUCUGUGUAUCUGCGCUAUGCCGACCUGUGCACCAGCAGCGCGUUGACUACCAUAGGCUACCGUUCUAUCGACCAGGUGGCACGGUGGUGCGGCUUCGUCCUGGUGUUUAUCUCGUACAUCUUCAUCAUGUUCCCAAUUCGGAAUGUGCUGAUGUCAGCUUGCCUCCGUACCGAUGAGCUCCAUCACGAAGCGCCUUACAUGGUCUUUGCAGCAGUGUCCGUGGUCCUCAGCAUAUGCCUGUCCUCGCUUGCCGUUGUCGCCCAAGAGCUCGGAGGCUUGGAACUAUGCCUACGCUUUGGUGGGGGCUGCUGUGCAACCCUGAUGGCCAUGGUCUUUCCUCCCCUGCUCUUCGUCCGCACCCGAGCGGAGCGCGGCUGGGAUGCGCGCGUUGCCGCUGGGCGAGGAGCACUAAGCUUUUUCAUGAAUUUUGGCAGGUAUUCGGCUCAAGCGACUCCUUCAUUACACACGUGGUAUGUAGAGUUCAGGGACGCAACGAAGCAAGUUUCCCUUAGCUGUGCAUUUCGGAGCUUCGAUGAGAACUGCUACUGGCCAGACUCUGACUUCUUCGGCUUGUAG